UUGAUUACGCUUUUGGUAAACAGCGAUGGAUUAUACAAGAUGAGUCGCCUGUAUAUUACUCCUGAUGCCUUCUUCUUUCGAGUUCACAUUCUAGUUGUGGAUACUUUAAACUGCAGUAAACCAUGUCCAGACUUUAAACUUGGCAGUAGAUACAUUGUGAUGGGUCGGAUCUACCACAAGAGACGACAGAUUCCUGCAAACCUGCUGCAGUUCCUGCAAGGGCGCCUGCGGCCAGGGGAUGGCUUGCUUCGGAGCGGCAGCAGCUACGUGAAGAGAUUCAACAGGAAGAGGAAUCGCAAAGUACAGGCGGCUCACACCAAGUGUAGAUAA